UGUAGCAAAAAACAGCAUCAAUGGCGAGCGGCGGCUCGCAGUGAAGCUGCGCGCCGUUACCGGGACGACCGAAGAGGGCUGGACCAGCGAUAGCGUGUUUCCAUAGGGAGAGGAGACGAGGGUUGUCAAGAGGAGGGGUGGGCCGCAGGGGUGUGCAUCUGGGGGAUAGGCCGCCGUCGAGAAUUUCGCAGAGAUGGAGUUUCUGCAGAAUCAUCACGCGGUUAACACCUCCGAGCCGCCGUACAUCCUCGGCACAGGUUCCGUGGGCAGCAUUGAGGCGACUAUUUCGUCCAGCCUCUGUUCCGAGCCGCUCGGCGUGCUUUCGGGAGACGACACUCUUUCAACUGACAAUCAAAACGAAGAAGUAGCCGUCCUCGGCGCUGCUCUGCAGGGCACGCUGCGUUUGCAGGACCUGCAGAGUUCGCCGAGUGAUAUUGGUGCUGACCAGAGCCAACAACUUCCAACUUCCGGUCAGAUUGUGAGUGAGUUCGGCGGGAGUUUUUGGGUUGAUGACAUGGCAGGUUUUCCUCUACCCCCGUUAGAUCUGGAUCCUUUGCCUCCGGGACUGUUCAGUCCGUGUUCAGGAACAUACAACUGGGGUUGUUCGCGUAGCGAAUGCGUACCAAGGACAAAUAAUGGUGCAAACGGUGAAGGUGUAGCCGAUGUUCUUUUAUCCUUAAAGCACGCAGUGGUGCAUCCCGGUAGUCCGACCACCGGCUAUUAUACCACUGGCGCCAGCACUGCUGCGGCUCAUCAUUACUCGCAAGACUAUGUACAGAAUUUAGGCCCAUCAGUUCCGGGUCCUGGUCACUAUGGAUCUACAUCUGCUGCUAUGUCCGUCAAUGUAUCAAUGAAUAUGACCAUGAAUAUGAAUAUGCAUUCCGGGUAAGAUCCUUGAUUUUUUACCUUUUCGU